CCAAUUUAACCGGACCGGACCGUAUAGUAUAGUAAAGGGUCCGGUGCGUGCAAUCCAAUGCUCAUGAAUUCGCAUCAAGAAUUACUAAACCGAUGAAACUAACGAUUUAUCUUAGUUUUUGUUUGACUUGGGUUUUUCCAAAAAGGAAUCUCCAGCAAAGCUUCAUCCAUAUUACAUACCGUCGUGGGGGUUAAAAGGAAUCACACAACAUUUACCAAAAAAAGAAAAUGAAUCACACAAAACGGACCGUAUAGCCACCCCUAGUAAUGAUCGAUGGGAGAAGCGGUUACAACAAUAAUCAUUGCUCGACUAUGUUAAGAAAAUAUCGACGCCGGCCAAUUUGUGUUUAUUCUCUCAUAGGAGAAUCUAAUACAGCAAAGAUUGUUGACCAAAAAACGAAAAAUUACAGCAAAGAUUAUGACGAUAUAUAUAUAUAGUGACCAGAAGGGCCUUCAAGUUUCAUAAGCCAUUAAGAGAAACAAAUAUGGCGGCCUCGGGGUUAUUAGUACUGUUGUCGUCCAUCUUUCUUCUGAUGGUCACGGCCGCCGUCGAUGAAGACUACCACGUCUACUGCGACGACAGCAAGAGCAGCGGCUGCGAUACUUAUUCGGCUCUGACCCUCAUCGGCGAUCUGAAGGAGAAAGUGCCCGGCGACCCACGGCAGGAGUACUGCAACGUGGUGACGUCGGAGUGGAGCGGACGGCAGAUCUUCGGGUACGCUUACUGCACCACGGUUGGCCGGAGCAACGAUCCACCGGCGGCGUGCUUCGACUGCCUGUCUGCUGCGGGCGACGCACUGAUCGACGGCUGCAGGUACCGCACGGGGUCGGCCGGCGCGGUGUGGGGUCCGUUAUCUUUGUGUUAUGUCACGAUCGCAACGUUUGCCAAUUGUCCCUUUUGAAAACAAUCAAAAAAUAUUUGGGGAAUGAAAGAACAAAAAAAAAAAAAAAAGAGUCUAAAAUCCAAUUUUCAAUUUCUAGACAUGAAAUUUUGUAAUCACUGUUUCAGAUUAAACUCGACGCAAGCCUCUAUCGCGUAUUGAUUGUCAUUAACUUAAUUUGAUGGCGUCGCUCGCGCGAGCACCAUCUUACUGAUUUCAUAUCGUGUCGUUAUACUAUGUACCGCGGUGAUGUAUAGAUCGAAUUGUAUUUUUUUCAUCACAACUGUAUUUUCGAUUUUUGAUUAAAGACUUGGUAAUGUC